GUUCACUCCCGCUUGUGUCGUCUUUCGGUAAGGACGUGUUGUGGUUCCGGCUCCUUCUUCGACAGGAACAUCGUUUUCGGUCGAGAAGUAUAUCUCGCGUUUGUUUUGCGAUCCGCGAGUAUUAAUUCGGUUUUUGUGUUUUUGUUUUAAAUUUUGAUUUUAAAUCCGACGUAUGUCACCACGUGUAGUUCGUUCCGUGAAUGAAAAGUGCUGGCGUGUGGUCGAUGCACAUUUGGAUUCUAGAGAAGCCGGUGUGCAGUGAAUGAAUCAACAAGUGUUCUGGUGUGUGGUUUGGAGCUGAAAAUCAAAAGCUCCAUCCAUGGGAAGAAUUUUCGACAGGCCCAAAAUGACCGAAUAAAAAGUGUAAAGUGAAGAUUUUGAUACCCUCCAUUUGUUGAUCGAACCCCGGCGACACGGAUAAUUGAGAACGAAUCAUUUAAUUGAACCUAAUUGAAGCCAAUCGGCUCUGUGCGCGUGAGUGUCAUUCGUAGUGCAUUUCAACUCUCGUUUUGGUUUUGUUCUACCGGUUUGAAUCAGAAGGGAAAUUAACUCAUCUGUCCAGUUUUCGGAAGUCAGAACAAUAUCCGGAUUAAGAGUAACAACAAUGGCCGAGGAAAGUCUUCACGUGCCCGAAUCGAACAUCGAUUACCACAUCGUUCAGCUGUUCGAACGGUUGGAGAAUCUGAGGCGAGAACCGGGCGGAGGGAAGUUGUCCACCACCCUUCAGGGACGCGUCAACAUGCACAACGAGCUGCGAAGUCUCGAGUUCUGGAGAUCGAUAACCUCGGAGUGUUUGGCGUCGUUUUUCUACGUGUUCAUCGUGUGCGGUGCGGCGGCCGGUGCCGGUGUUGGCGCUAGCGUAUCCUCGGUGCUGCUGGCUACGGCGCUGUCUUCCGGCUUUGCCGUGACCGCCCUCACCCAGUGCUUCCUGCACGUAUCAGGAGCCCACAUCAACCCGGCGGUGACCAUCUCGUUGGCAGUGACCCGGCAAAUAUCUCCCCUGAGGGCAAUCCUCUACAUGGUGUCCCAGUGCGGUGGUUCAAUAGCCGGUGCAGCCUUGCUCUACGGCGUCACGGUUCCCGGCUAUCAGGGCAAUCUACAGGCGGCCGUAUCGCACACCUCGAACCUGGCCGCCUGGGAACGCUUCGGCGUCGAGUUCAUCCUGACCUUCGUUGUGGUGCUGUCCUACCUGAUCUCGACCAAUUCGUACAAAAAGUACUUCGGAUCGUCCGCAAUCGCCAUCGGGGCGGCCUACAGUGCUUGCAGUUUCGUUUCGAUGCCUUACCUGAAUCCCGCCCGCUCCCUGGGUCCGUCGUUUGUUCUGAACAAGUGGGACAACCACUGGGUCUACUGGGUGGGUCCCUUGAUUGGUGGCAUGGUUUCUGGACUGCUGCAUGAGUUCAUCUUCAGCACCAAGCGGACGAUGAAAAAAUCCAAGGACGACGUCGAUUCCAGCAUCAAUUCCGAUGAGGACAUUAACUACGACAUGGACAUGGACAAACCUCAGCAGGGCGGCAAGUACCAUACUUAUCGGCCACCGAGUGGAACCUUGGUCAAUCAGCAACGCUACUGCCAGAGUAUCUAUACGGCUGAACCGACCUCAAAGACCGAACGCGUUGAAUCCAUCUACGGAGGCACCAAAUCACUGUACUGCAAAUCCCCACCACUGACCCGGGCUAACCUAAACCGGUCCCAAUCUGUCUACACCAAGAGUAACACUGCCCUGAACCGGGACAUGAGCAUUCGUCCGGGACCGCUAGUGCCUGCCCAGAGUUUGUACCCCCUGAGAGUUACUCAACCUCAAAGCUCGCACCUGCAAAACCAGAACGUCCAGAACCAGCUGCAACAACGAUCCGAAAGCAUCUACGGUAUCCGCAGCUCAGUGCGUCAACCGCAGCAGCAACCGGGAGGACCAGGCGAUCGAAUGCCACCACAGCACAUGGUCGCACCCCAUCCCCAGGCCGGAGAACCCCAAGGUUUCCAACCGAUCUACGGAACCAGACAGAACCCGAACUGCUCUAGCGAUGGACUCAAAUUCGAACGGGACGUCCGAGAAAAUAGUCGCGACGAUUCCAUGUCCAGCAAGUUUUCCCGCUCGGUUCGGCCGGAGUCGAUGUAUGGAGUGUCCGGACAACGACGGGUCCAGUCGGCCCAAUCCGACGAUAGUUCCUACGGCUCCUACCACGGCUCGGCGGGUCCAGCUCUAACCCCACCGACCCGCAACGCCAGCAACAGCAGCAGCAACUACAACGGAGGCCUUAUGCUGCCCAACUACGGACCUGCCCCGCCACCGGCUCCCAUGGGAAUGGCCCAGGGUAUGGGACCCAACAAAGAGCGCAACAUGUCCUCCUCGUCAUCCCAGCAUCAGCAGCAGCAACAGCAACAACAUCAACAACAGGUGCAGCAACAGACCAACCGGAACCCCAACAGCAAUUUACCUCCACCCCCACCACAAAUGCAGCCCCAUCAAGGCUACCAGAUGCAUCCUGUUAGACAAAAUUAAGCACAACUACGAAAAAAGCGAAGCGUGUACAUUUUGUGUGGAUUUCUUGUUUAGUUUAGUUGCGAAAGGUUUUCUUUUACAUCCUAGUUAGAUCCAUCGUCUCUCGAUGAGUCAUAUAUUGUUUGGAAUUUAUUUAUUUCGUUUCAUUAUAGAAUCAUUUUUCAGUAAGAUUUUUAUUGAAACCCAAAUCUAUCACCAUUAUCAAUCACUACAUUAGAAGACAAAAAAACUAAUGCGAAACGUAAUGAUAAUUGACAAUUCAAGACUGAUUCUCUCGUUUUUUUUUUGUGCCGAUGUAGAGAUUUUAUGUAUACCCCCCGUUUAGGACAAAAGUUGUUAAGUAAACUCUCAAACGAGCGUAUAAAAUAUUUACCCUAGAAAAACAAAAUCAUCCAUCUAAUAAGAAAAAGUAACCAAUUCGAUUCCCAUCUAAAUUUCCGUUCGUCCCAAACUGUAUUGAAUUUAGUACAAAUGUAGAUAGUUAGCUAGAUACGAUACAUUUUACUAUUAGAAUCACUACUUUCUAGUUGUGUAGACUGCGAUAAACAUACAGUAUCUUCAACGGAAAUUCAAUCAAUAUCAUAGUCGAGCUGUACAACGAGCGACGUUUUCUAAGCGAUAGUAGCAGUAAAAUCAAUAGUUUGUUGUUUCUGAAAUUUAAAGAAAACCCCUAGAGUUGCGAAAUUGUACAUAUUUAUUUGUAGCAUAGAGUUUAAUUCUGAGAAAUGACAUCGAAUAUGAGAAGCAAAAAAGAUACCAAUAAAGAGGACAUUGUCUGAAA